AUGUGUCAGAUGAUUGUUUUUUGGUAUGCUUGCAGCCAUCUCAUUGUCUCAUACCUGACCUGCCCGUUUAAGGGUGUAGGCACCCAUAGCGAAGAUACUGCAACAGCGUCUCUUGUCGACUAUACCUGCUGGCUAUGCCAGCAACAGCCAGACCAUCCGUGCCGAAAGAACAUAGAGAAUGCGAAGCGACUCAUAUUGACUAUACAAAAUCUUGAAUUUAUUCUCGAUGCGUCCGCAUACGAGUACGGUUUUUUAGACAGAGUUGCGUGCUUUUAUUCUCGAGGAGACCACAGACGGUGGGGUCAGCCAGGAAUUUGCAAUAUUCAGAGAGACAAUUACAUCUUGUCGAUGGAGCAGCUAGUACACCAGUUAGCUGGUGGGUGCAAAUGUCAUGCAUUGAAUCCAGGCUAUGAAUUCGAUCUCGAGCUUGCUUGGGAAAAGCGAAUAGACCCCACCAAUUACUGGACUCUGAAAGAAUCACCGAAGGAUUUCCGCCCUUCCAGCGGCUCUUUCUUUGUGUCUUCCUCUAUGACGGGCUUCCUACCAUUAGCCACGGGUGCUAUGAAGAAUAAACAAGAAAGAGACCCAUCGUACUACGCCACUUCACAAUACUCUAGCGAUAAAAUAUCUGACUCUCGCUCGACAAAAGCAUCCAGCACUAGGGAAAGUCCUGUGAGUUUGAGGCAAAAAGUACCAUCGGGCCAGUUAGGAGACCAAUUUGGAAUCAAAACCCCUCUGUCACUAGAUAAUGUUUUGAGUACACAAAUGAUUCUGAGUCCUGGCCAGGCAGCUGAGCACUAUUCUAGCAUGAUCUCUUUUUGUGAAAAUGUAUCUGACUGGAUACACCCCUCGGAAUGUGAGACGUCACUAAAUGGGACACAGGGUUCUACUAUAUCAAUAGCAUCAAAAGGCGCUGAUUCACAAAACUUCAGAGAACCUAAUACUCUCUUUGGCUUAACAGUGAACCCCGAAUUGGCCCAGACAAUGGGGGCAUACAUGACGGCUGGAGAUAUUACUAGGGCACCAAACGGUCACCAGCAAGCCACUUUUAUCCAUUCAGACAUUUUUCGCUCAGCAGGAAAUACUAUGCAAACACCUCUGACCCCGGAAGCAAAAACCAAGCACCAAACUGAUCAUCAUCAAUUUGGAUACAACAACCCCAUGGUUUCUCCAAUGGAGAUGCCUCACAAUAUGAGCAUUAGUCCGGUCUUCCAUAAUUCUCACCAGGAUUUUCGGCCAGGUACUUCAAACUCUCUUAGACGCGGCUCUCACAAUCAGUUACUCUCAGCUGCAAUUGCUGCCAAUAAGCAGACCGGCCAGGCACCCCAGGUAUCAGAAGAGAGCAAGAGACAGUCCAUCUCUCGCCAAUAUACUUACAAUGCUCUCAAUCUGUUUCCUAAGUUUGAAAGGCCUGAUAGGGUAUUCAUGACCCCAGUACCAAUGCCUCGGACCCCGGAGAGAGUGGACCAUCAUAAUUAUCCUAAUUCAGAGGACUCUAGCAGUUCAACCUCCUCACCUAUGGCCGAGUAUACUAUGAGAAAGUGGAAAGGUAAAACUCCAACUAAUGACAAGAAGCAGAUCGAACUAGGUCUGUUGGGAAACCGAGAACCUGUUUCUUCUCAUUCAGUACAGGCCCCCAUGAUCAUGACACCGGAACACCCCAGUAGAUCUCUGGAUUCGGCUGAAGCCAACCUAAACAGCCACACCCCAUCUCGAAGCCACAAACGCAAGCGGCCAGUUGCGAAAUAG